AUAUACACCUAUCCCAUGGUUGGAGUCUACACUAGAGACAUCGUGACUCGAAAAAAGAUAAAUACGAAAACAUUAGGGGAGACAAAUACGAGAAACUGCCUAGAUCGGGGAAGUGAACAAAAUGCUUCUAGUAGAACACUUAAUCAUGCUUUGUAAGGUAUACCCUGGGAGCAUACUGUAUACGAUUCACCAUCGCACUUUCCUUGAAGAUUUAACACCUGUAAUUUCCAUAUCAGUGACUUGCAACAAUUUAUUCCUUACCUGAGCCCAUCGGCAUCAAUAAAUUGAAGAGGUCCCUUAUAGUUUACCAUAUCCAACUACACCAUCCUCUCAUCAGGAAUUGACAAGGCUGCUCUCAUGAACGGAACAUCCUAUCCACGGCAUCAUCAGACAUCAUGAUUCGAUAUAAACCCACCCGGAUAACACUUGGGGAAAGCGACGUCCAUGACUGUCUGGAAAGAUUGCUCUUGCGGCAUACCAGGUUUGUUGAACAGCAAGAGGAAGAUACAGAUCAGAGCGACAGUGAGAACAACAUGAGUACAUCGACAGACUCAAAUGGCUUUUCUCCAUAUGCAUACUCUGAUGGGUCCAGCUGUGAUCAAGAUUUGCAUUCACUGUUCAGCGACAGGCCAUUGCAUCAAAAUUGGCAAAGAAAUCGCCGUUUCUUCUCUGUGUCUCCAUCCACUGAGGCGCAUAGCAUAUCUCCAUCUGAAGGAUCACAAGGGGAUCGUAUGACCUAUAAAAGCCGAUCCUCGUCACCAACUAGUGCAGCUGUGGAGAGACCAGACCCACUAAGUUCAAUCGCAGAUUAUCAAUCCUUUGUUAACACUGGCUAUCUUGGGUUAGGGUCAUUAUUAGAAGACAUUCACUGGCAAUCUCCUGUCAAGCCAUUAGUGGCGUGCUGUGCCGAACCACUCUAUCAUUCACUGAAAGCACACUCUCUGUUCUCGGCCUUAUCAAGAGAGUCUCUAUCGCAAUGGGAAAACUCCAUCAACACAACAUGGGAAAGGGUGAAGCAGUUCUUUGUGGCCUCUGGGAAUCACACUUCUUCAGAGCACUCCCUGUGUUGUUACUCACAGGAAACAAAUCUCUCUGAUGUGACCCUUCCUGCAGUUUUUUCAGCACGCAGUCUUCUGGCCGAUAAUAGCUCUGACCUAGGAGAGAGGAACACAACUUACAACACAGGACAUGCCCCAACAUUGUCUGAAUCAAGAAGUGCAGACGCCGACUUCGAGCUUAGAUUGAAAACGAUAGCGCCCAGACAAUCCGAGAGUUCAGCUCAGUCUCCUAGUUGCCUUACCACCAUAUGUUUAGAUGAGAACGCUAAUUUGCAAACAAGCCCAAUGACAGAGCCUGCAAGGAAGACCCUUAAGACAACGGAAGGCAGUAAGAUCGACACGUCUACUCCAUCGCAUGGCGAACAAGCUGGACUUAUAGCGCACCAUAACAAGGGCUCUGGUACCGAGUCCCAAAUUUCUGACGCUGAGCUACCGCAUAAAGCUUGCGAUGCGGCAUCUUUAGACAUAACUUCAAAUGAGAGUAUCGGGGCAAGAAAUGGUAUAAGAAGCUCAACACCUCUUCCGGAAAGUAUUAGCAGAAACAAAGAAGGCAAUGAAUAUGAUAUGGAUAAGGAAAGCAAUUGGCCCGCCAGUAGCAUCGAACGUGAUCAGCAUGACGCGUCAUACACACACAGUCGCAAAGGCAUACCCGACAAUGAAUCCGCAUUUGAACCUCCACUGCUCGCCACACAGAUCGAGGACGGCGUGGCAGAGCCUAACGCUUUGAUGUUUACUCAAGAAGAGAUGGACCGAAUUGGUGCUAUGUUAUACCGCGAAGCUGAUGCAGCGCUGCAAGGUCUCGUUAACCGUCAAUGCGAAAGGGCGCCUGCUAUAGAUCCAGACUCGAUGGUGUCUACGAGUUCAAAGGAGCAUGGAGGAAAAGACAAUGUGGUGGAUCCACAUGGCGGUCGCUUGGAACCCGCCGGUAACGGACGAGAGCCAAGCCAGCAUGUCAUGGGAGCAUCUGUGCAAUUUCAGAAUCGAGUCAACCAGAUGAUGGCUGAGCUCUAUCAUCAGGUCGAAGACAAGGCUGAGGACUUUGGACUGGCUUCGCUUAGGCGGAAACCAUUGGGUGAAUGGUAUAAAGGCAUCUAGAUUUGAGUGGGACUCGCAAGCUUCUGGAAUGGGUCGGAUGAAAUUCACAGCACCCAUAAUAAGCCGGGUGUCUUACAAGUUCCAGGCUACUUCUUCCAAUAAUAGAUCAACCGCAACAUAUGUUUCACAUUAAGCGGGUGGUCUGGAUCUGGCUGAUAACGGAUGGGGUGAAGGAUCAGUAUCUAGGCCCUUGCAGAGACCAAUACAGAAAUUUGGAAGAUUGAGUGCGUCUUCCCCCAUCCCAUCGUACAGUGUGCUGUACUGGGUGGAUAUCCGGAUCAGGCAACGGAGUAAAAAAAGUGUGGUUACUAACCGUGGAUCAAAUCUUGGUUAAAAUGCACACCGCCACCUUAAUUAGUGAGCUUCUCCUACCGCCCGCCAAAGAGAACAUUCGGACAAAGCCGGAAUACUAACCACUACCUCAGCAGUAAUUCAGGUAAUAGGGCACAGGCCCAUUACUAGUGUACGUGAAGCGUUUUGUUGCAUGUCCCAAUAAUAUCUUUCUUACAAUAUUUACUUUUCUAGAGAAGCUAUACGGUGUGUUCCAAAGUAGCUCACUAAUUAUAGUUACGCCGUACUGGGUUAGUAAUAUUGGCCUAGGUGGAGGUGAGACAAUACGGGGAGGCCUCAGGCCAGCAGAUCAAGGACCAGUGCCUGUGGGCCAAGACAGGCGGAGCGGCGAAGCGC